CUACCUGAAUGUGUGUCCCUUACAUGUAGGUUCAAAAUCUCAGGUUCUAGAUGGCAGUUCUUCCUGUGUUUGGGGUGUGUGUGGGGGGAACCACAGCCAAACAAAAAAUGAACACCAACCACAUACAGUACCCCACUAACACUCAGUCUUUCUUUUUCAUACAGGCCCUGGUAGAAGAGCGAUCUAUUUAUGAUCGUUGUGGCAGUAAAAACAUGUACUUGAAUUUUGCUGUAAAGACACUGAAAAAGCUGAGAGAUCAUGGGCAAUUUAGUGACAUCAAGAUUCCCAAUGGUGCAGGAUCUGUAAAGUCAGACGAAGAGAAAGUACUCACAGGUGGUGUUCUGUAUGAACUUUUAAAAGAUUACCUUCUAACUGAGCAACAAUUGAAUGAAAAUAACUUCCCUCGACCAAAUCCUGAAAGAAAUGGUAGUGCUAUAUUUCAUGGGGUUACAAAAAAAGCUGUUUCAGAUAAUUUCGAAAGAACAUGUUGUAGGUGUGGUGAUGUAUUUACUGUUAGUUCAGGAAAACGUAGACUUAAAGAAUGCAACUACCAUUCUGGUAGAGUAUUGGAACAAAAAGUUCCUGGUGGCUUGGAAAAACGCUAUAGCUGUUGUGAGGGAAUAGUUGGGUCUGCUGGGUGUCAGAUUGCAAAGCUUCAUGUUCAUGAUGGGAGAAAGGAGAAGUUGGAUGGCUUUGUGAAGACAUUAAUUAAAUCACCACCUUCUGAUAGAAACCGUGGUAUAUAUGCCCUGGACUGCGACAUGUGUUAUACAACCCAAGGCUUGGAACUUACUAGAGUGACAGUGGUUGAUGAUAAGCUACAGGUUGUCUAUGAUACGUUUGUUAAACCUGAUAGUGAAGUUGUAGACUACAAUACAAGAUUCUCAGGAGUAACAGAGGAUGACUUGAAGAAUACUACAACAACUCUUCAGGAUGUACAGGCGAUACUGCUGAACUUGUUCAGUGCAGAUACAAUUUUGAUUGGACAUAGUUUAGAAAAUGAUUUGUUUGCUCUCAAGCUGAUUCAUGACAAAGUAGUAGACACAUCGCUAAUAUUUCCUCAUCGGUUAGGUCUGCCUCACAAAAGAGCACUUCGGAGUCUGAUGGCUGACUACCUCAUGAGAAUUCAUCAGGGUGAUGUUGAUGGCCAUAAUUCCAGUGAAGAUGCAAUUGCAUGUAUGGAACUAAUCCUCUGGAAAGUAAAGGAGGACAAUAAAAGGAGAAAAUGAUAAUGAUUUUGGCUUUGAAGGAACAGGAUGGUGGGACUAAAAUUCAGCCUUGAUUUGACUCACUAAUGACUGUAAUUUGACUCUAAUGCUUCAGUAACGAUUAUUUUUUGGGUGUAAAAGAGGGCAGUGGGAAAACUUUAAUGUGAAAAUCAUACUUCAUCUACUUUUGACACUUAAGAUGUACAGCAAAGGACAUAAGAAAUGCACAAAAUACAAAUAAGAUACUCUAUGUAAAUGCUUUUGUGUUAAAUAGCAAGUCUUUUCUGUUAAAAUAAUACUUUCUGUAAUCAUCCUUACUACUGUGUGUAGCUGUAAACUAUCAGUCACAGUGACUGAAAACGUUUGUUUAAAGUUGUUGAGAUAAUUUGAUUUCUUCUUGUUCAGUCUCUGGCAAAUAAAGCUUCAGUGCUCUAAUUUCUGUUGUGCGAUGAAAGCUUAAGAUUUGUUUUCUUUCUCUUUCUCUACCUGCUUCUCUCCACCCAUUUGCUUCCUGAGAGAGGGAAAAUAAACCUAGUCAACUUCAAUGAACUACUAUGUUAAUUGACACAAAAAGGCAUAGUACUAGAAAUGGGAUCAUUUAUGGAGCAUAAUAAACUGGUCUCUUUAAUAAAAAAAAAAAAAGACCCUUUUCAACUGUGAAAACACAUUGUGCUUUACUGGCUUUAUUGGGGUUCCUAAAAGCACAGUUAUCUCAAGAAAUAAACAUGCUUAUUGCUUCAACUAGAAUUGGACUACACUAAGCUGUAAUUCCUUGCCUCCGUCUUAAGGCAGAAUUCAGCAUCUGCUACCUUCACAAAGGGAUGUAAGUUCUAGAUUUUAAAGUCUUGUUGCAACUUCUGUGUGAAGGAAAUAAAAUAAAA